AAAACGAACGACCCGAUUGCAUAUCUUUCACAUGGAGGAGUAUAUAUGUAACUGCUGACCACUUGUAUAUUAUUAACUGACCACCUGUCUGCAUCCCCGUCAUUCUGACAACAAACUCCCCGUCAGCUGCAUUAGGAAAACAUCAUUCGUAUAUCUACGUGCUUCGAUACUGGACUAUAUCAGAAAAUCAUCAUACAAAAGAAACCGCAUGCAAUUCUGCUACGUUCUGAAAAGGCCCAAAGCAGAAACCAAAGAGGAUUUCUAGUGAAACAAAUAGCAGUCUAGGAACAUUGUCUAUCUGGUCUGUUACGAUUGAGCCUUUGCUAAUCGUUUCCAAUUUGUUGGUAAAUAUCAACUGGAGUAUAUUAUUAGUAUCAUCAAUAUUUGUCCCUUGGGAAAGAAGCUUCUUUAUGAUCUAAUUGUGGACGUGAAAGGUUAAACUUUGUAUGAUUAAGUUUCUAUAAUAAUGUGUUUGGCGUGAAAUCGGAUCGAUAUAUAAGACAACAUUAGGUUAGUUGAGAAGGCUGUUCAAUUAAGGACGAUUUACGCUGCCAGUCUCCAGUGGUACCGGAGCUGGCGUUGGAUUCGGCAGGUGAAGUCCCGCGUGCGCGGACUGGAAUCAAUGUACCAGCAGACGACCAGAGGUAGUCAAGGACAGGCGACCAAACGACAAACAUGGAGUAUAACAUGGAUUAUGGUACUGGAGACAAAAGGAACAAGGUUUUGUACGGAUUCGAGAAACCAGUACCCGAAAACACGCCUCUGAGAGGUGGGACAGAUCAGAACCACAUUGAUGAUGGAUACCUCAAGCACCGCCGGGACCACAGAAUCCGCAGUGUCACCUCGGAACAGGAACGGGACAGCUGCUUCCUGUGUCUGCGGAAUGCAUUACAUUGUUAUAAUGUUGUAGUUCUCAUAAUGGGGUGUGGCCUGUUGGGUGUGGGGAUCUGGCUAUUAGUGACAGACUUCAGCGCUCGUGAAAUCACAGUCCUCAUUAGCUCUUCUGAGUUUGAGAUCGGGACGUAUAUGAUCCUGGCCGGAGGUGGUUUAGUGGCACUCCUUGCCUUCUGUGGCUGCUGUGGUACAAUGAGGGAAGACAGAUGCAUCUUGGGAUUUUAUGGAAUUGUACUGGCUUUAGUGUUUUUGGCCUUGGUUGCUGCUGGUGCUAUGGCAGCUUUAUUCAGAGACCAGAUAACAGAGGAUAUAAAAGUGAAGUUAGAGCGGACUCUACAAAACCAGUAUGGAAUGGAUGUCCGAGGAAACACGACCAACAGGCUUGUCACAGAUGCUUGGGACUCAAUGCAGAGAAAAUUAGAGUGUUGUGGUCCGUAUAGUUUGGAUGAGGAUGGAGAGGACCUUAAAGGAGCCAAAUCGUGGGACUUUUAUAAAAGCACCAAGUGGUACAUUACCAAAUUACAAAAAUACCCCAUGGUCCCUGAAAGUUGUUGUAUAGAGGGGGCAGACAAACAAAAGUGUCAAGGUCAAACUAUCAUCAUUAAAGGACCUCCAAACUAUGGACCGGCCAGUUUGCCAAAAAAAUUUGAAUCCCACCUAUACACUGAGGGUUGUUUUGAGAAGGUAAUAAAAUACUUAGGAGAAAGUACUCUGAUCCUUGGAGGGGUGGCCUUGGGAGUUCCCCUCUUUCUGGUAGUGGGAUCCAUCAUUGCCUUCUGCCUGUGUGCCAGAGUGAAGAAGUCUGACACCAGUUUUGACGAAGAGGAGGACCUCUAAUAAAAAAGCAACGCACUCCCGAAAUUAACAAUAAAACUGAGGAUCUCAUAUGAUAUAGACCACAAACUGACAGUGUUCCCAUGUCAGUUAGAAUACACUGCCGACUGGGCAGCAAGUUACCAUGGUAACAGGACCAGUGUACAUUCCGGCCCGGAUCAGGUCAUACAUUCCAUGGGAUAUUCCAGUCCAUUAAUCACCCACUUCAUAUAGACAGUGGAAUCAUAGUUAUGUGUUUGCUAAGGGACCAAGGAAGAAAAAGGAUGUUAAGUUUGUGUGCAGCAAAGAAUACAAGUCCAUUCACUGUUUAAAAGGAGGUUAUGAUAUAUAUAUUUAUUCUGAGUUGUUUUUUUAUGUAUACAUGUUGGAAGUUUUUGAGAACAGCUGUUGUGUAAGAGAGGCCAUAUUUGUUUUGUGAUGCUUCAUCUCACCAGGGAUUAAAAUCCCCAAUUCUUGUCAUUAACAGACUCCCCAGGAUCAUUGGUCAAAUCAAAACAAAGUGAUACCAAAGAAAUGAAUCGGUAUCCAGAAUUCUGUUGGAGCUUAGGAUACUUAGAAGCUUACUGAUCCUCAUUACCUUUUAGCACGCAAAACAUUGUAUAGAUUACGCCAUUGCCAUUUUUAUCACAACAAAUUUUGAUCUUAAGGAAACCUGAGCAUUUACCAUGAGUGUGGUUUGUAUUAGGUUUAACCAUGUACCUCCAUACAUUUUUAUAAAAAUAAUUGAUCAUGGACCAAUCUCUUUGUGAUUUUCUUCUUUGAUAAUGGAGAUAAUUUUGUUAAUACUAUUUUUUGUGUUGUUGACUGACAUGAAGAUUUGUUUACUGUGUAGUUGAUAUUCCAUAAACAGAAUUUAACUAGAUGUACAGGUGCAAUCUGUUUUCAUUGACUUUUUUUUCCAUUUUGCCUUGUUUAUGUACAAAUAAGAGUUUAUUUCUAAUAGCAUUUGUGAUUGUUUUAAUAAUGAAUAAUUACAAUAAAUGACCAGGAUGAAAAUUAA